UGUUGGCUGGUUCUGGGGGCUCUCUUAAGCAUCAAUCCUGGAGUAAAGGUCAGGUUGACAGAAAAAGGCAUUGAAUAUGGCAGGCAACUGGGCAUGGCUGACAUGCAGCAGAAACUCAAUUCUAUCCAAGUUCCAGACUUUUCAGGGGAACAGAGGGUGUCUCCGAUUGGAAAAGUCCAGUACAAUUUGUCAAAUAUACGUGUAUUGAAGGUGGGAAUACCAAAGUCUUCAGUGGACCUGGUGCCAGGGACUGGAGUCAGAAUGUCUAUAGGUGAUGCCUUCAUCAGUCUGAAUGGAAACUGGAGGGUCAAGUACCUGCGAAUAAUAAAGCACAGCGGGUCUUUUGAAUUGAAUGUGAAUGGUCUCAGUAUCGCUACAACCAUCUCCAUCAAGACUGAUGAGACAGGCCGACCAGCGGUCAGCAGUGACAGCUGCUCAGCUGCUGUUGGAAGUGCAAAGGUCAAGUUUCAUGGUGGAGCGAGCUGGCUGUACAAUCUCUUCACAAGGUUUAUUGAUAAGGCUCUGCGCAAUGCAAUUCAGAAACAGAUCUGCCCUCGGGCCAGAAAAAGCUAAAUAAGUAUUACUUCUGACAGCAGUCAGAAUAUUGUGUUUUCUAUGUAUUGGUUCUCCUCUGAAGUUAACCAUUUCUAUAUUUAGUGCGUAUGGACUUUUUUAAUAUGAGUGAAAUGAGUUGCCAAGGACAUCAUCAGCACACUCAUCAGCAAAAUGUCUUCUGAGCUCCAGUCUAUAGACCACUUUAGGACUGCUAGUCUUUUUGCAACUGCAUGCAUCCCUCUGUGGUGGGUAGAGAUUAAAAGAAUAUAAAUAUAAGCUACUUCCACAUAGUUUUAUGGGUGAAGCUACAUGACAUUAAUCUUAGCAAGCAGCAUACAGUUGCCAGGCUAGCUGUAACCAGGCUAGCUGUAACCAAGCUAGCUGCACAAAUAUGACAUGAUUCAUUUGUAACAAUAAGUAUUUUGGCAAAAGAAAGCUAAGCUACUACUUCAGCCCUGCAAUUAACCUUUUUCUCUCAAGACUACAUUUUGACAUAUAAGUCAGGUUGGAAUUUACCUUAGUUGGGAUUAGAAUUGGACUGUAGAAUUUACCUUAGGGUGUCGUCCGGCUAAUAUUAGCUAACGCUUGCUUCCCUGUUUGCUUUUUGUAAGUUACCUUACAGCAUGUUCAGACAUUGGCAAUUUAGAGUGCUUAAUAAAUGACAAAGUCACAUAAAAGACAA